ACAUGAACGCUGCGACAUUUCCGGCUGCGAAGGGAAACGGCAUGACACGUAAGUGCGCCUUGUUGGGGCAAACUCUUCGAUCGGUCUGCUGACUGUUAGUAGUGGCAAUGCUCAAUCUUGGUCCUUGUGCCAUGCUACCUCCUCAUUAUCACCCCCGAGCUAGUAAUUACGUGGUUGCAACGAAAGGCAACACGUCGACCUAUCUUUUUGAGGAGAACGGUGCUCGUCUCGUCACCGAGAUACUCACUCCCGGCAAGGCGACGAUCUUCCCUCAAGCUAGCAUGCACAUGAUGGUCAACAAUGGUUGCGAGGACGCCCAGCUUGUGUCAGCCCUCAAUGCCGAGGACGCCGGAACUCAAAACAUUGGCAACGUCUUCACUAAUGGCUUCCCUGCGGACCUUGUCAACGCUGCCUUUGGGGGAAAUAUUGCCGCAGCCGACAUUCAGCCUGUUGGAACGGGCAGCAACUGGGGUCUCGCCUCGUGCAUGCAGAGGUGUGGUAUCAAGCCGAACAAUACCGGCCACUAGGUAUACCAGCACGCAGUGCGCGGCGAUUGUCCCAAUACGCUCCGAGUAUCAGCGUCAGUGAUUAUUGCCAACCGUUUCCCAACUCCACCAAGCACGCUUGCAGCCCUAAAUUUGAUACAAGUAGCGCAGUCUCCAGUGUGUCAUGAAGAUAUACUAUUGCAUGCCUUCUCUUCCCAGGCCAGUAUAUAACACAGCAGACUUGUUUAGACGGCUAUGGCGCUCGAGAACUCCUUUGUGCGCUCGAAAUAAGGCAGCAACGUUCAGAGUAACUGACCCUCGCUCUUUGUCCAUUGAAUACGUCUUGUGCUGGCACGUUCAUGCAGUCUUCGGCAACCAGUAACAGCUGAACAGCACCUGUGCCAGCUCCUUGCACGGAUCUCGUCUUGCUUCAUGACAUGCGUGGCGCUUAUGGCAUAAACACAACCUCUCCGAUCAGAAGGUCUCAUAUUGCUCCUCUCAAGGUGGUGAGUGGGCCCAGAGCAUGUCAGCAUCAUCCA